AUGGUGGAUCGGUUUACUGCUCCCGGUUGUGUACCUGUGUUAGUGCCAGUGUGGCGCUUUUCCCGUGCCCAGUGUCGUGAGAGGGAGCUCUACGUCAUCCAAUCGUCUGCCUCUCCCGCGCCAAUGAUCUCCGACUGCUUCAACGCCGCUCGCUGGCACCUCCGCGCGGCCUUCACCGCUCGCAGCGAAAAGUGCGAGGGCAGCGGUGGCGGCACCGUCCUACUCGGCAGCAAAGUCGGCGAGGGCUCCUUCUCGGACGUGUUUGCGGCCACGGAGCGGCUGCCGGACGGCAGUACCAGCCGCCUCGCCGUCAAGCGCGUGCGGCUCGGCGGCCUGCCAGAGGCGGACGCUGACGCUUGCCUGCUCGAGGCGACGGUGAUGGCCGACCUGCCGCCUCACCCGCACCUCCUCGCGACUGUGGGUAGCGUGCGGCGGCCCAGCUUUGUCGGGCCCGGCGAGGAGCUCCUGCUCCUCUUCGAGCUCUGUCCGGAGGGCUCCCUCGCCGAGUACCUCGUCGGCCGCCGCGCGUGGGCGCGCCCGCUCGAUGGCGAUGGCGUCCUCGCCAUCUUCACUCAGGUGUGCGGCGGGCUCGCGCACCUGCACGCGCACGGCUGGGCGCACUGCGACGUCAAGCCCGAGAACCUGCUCCUCUCGGCGACCGGCUGGAAGCUGUGCGACUUUGGCUCCGUCCGGGACGCACCCUUCCGCUACGUCGACGGCGUCACGAGUCCGCCGGAGCUGUCUGAAGCCGAGGAGCGGAUCCACCGCACCUCGACGCCGCAGUACCGCCCGCCCGAGAUGUACGACCUCAGAGCUGGCGAGCCCGUCUUCACGCCGGCUGACGUGUGGGCCGUCGGAGUGCUGCUGCGCAGCCUCUUCGGCACGGCGGGCGAGGAGCGGCUGGGCUGUCUCGGCUAUGAGCCGGCGAAGCAGCUGAGCGGUGUGGUCUGCGCGGACCAGGUCUGCACGGACAAGGAGGCGCUGCGGCCGGUACACGCGUGGGCAUGCGCCGACCUCUCCUUCGAGGCGCACAGCCUGCAGAGCCUCGAGCUCUCCUUUUGGCGCCGCCGCCGCUGGGCGCCGCACUCCCUCGUGGGGAGGGCGACGGAGGCGCCGCCCGCAGACCAGCCGGCGGCGGCGGAGGAGGAGCCAUCGUGGGCCACUUUCUGA